AAAAGUCGCGCCCCCUAAUGGGAAAAUCAUUAGGUCUCUUAGCACAAUUCGUUUGCCCGGUCCUUUUGGGUUAUUAGACUGACACAGCGCUUUUUUUUAAAGUUCCCUGAGCGCUGACGAUGGUCGUCGACUUUCUCCAAACAUGCGGGACUUUAACACUCAUCCUUCACACGCUCCUGUUGUUCUCAUCCGCAGCCACACUCGAACCCUACGACCUGCUUUACGACAGCGGCGUGGAGGCUUUCCAGCGCGGUGACUACGCCAGCGCAGUGCGGGACAUAGAGGAAGCGCUGGAGAAUGUAGCCCAAGUGCGCCAGACCAAAAUCCGCUGUGGACUCAAAUGCAGGGAUCAACACAAGCUGGACGCGACCGCUACUGCCACUGAACUCCGGUUGUUUGAUGUGAUUUUGAGAAGAGCUGCUUGUCUCAAUCACUGCACUGAAAGAAAACUCGGACCUCCUUCUACGCAUAAAGUGAGCGCUGAUGUUAACCAAGACUUCCACAGGAGAAUCCCAUACAACUACCUUCAGCUCGCGUACCUCAAGUUGAAGGAGCCAGAGAAAGCAUCAGCUGCUGCUCACACGUAUUUCCAGGCAAAUCCCGAGCACAUGGCGAUAGAUAUGAAGCAGUACAAGGCAUUGCACGGUGUAGAGGAGAAGCACUUCAUUGACCGAGAAGCCCGUCCACAUCAGAGUGCCUUCACUGCUGCGGUGCAACUCUAUGAUAACGGGGACUACGAAGCAUCCAUGACACUCUUCGAGGAGGCUUUGACUGAGUACUACAAAGCUGAUGCAGAGUGUCGAGUACUGUGUGAAGGACCGCAGAGCUUCAGGGAUCAUGAUCAUAUGUUCUACCGCUACACAUUGUCUGAGCUGAUUGCAGAUCAUUACACCCAGGUCCUGAACUGUAAGCACGAGUGUGUGAGAGAUUUGGCUACGCGACCCGGCCGCCUCUCACCGAUGGAGAACUAUCUGCCACUGCACUAUGAUUACCUGCAGUUUGCUUAUUUCCAGGUUAACAAUCUGGAGCAGGCUCUGGUCUGUGCUCUGAGUUACCUGCUGUUCCAUGAAGGUGAGGAGUUCAUGACCAGAAAUGUGGAGUACUACACAGAAAUGCUGGGACAUGGUGGACAGCCCCGGCAGGAGGCUGUGAACUAUUUGCAGAGACACAAGAACGAGUUGGAGCUGCUCCUUAUUGGCACUGAAAAUUUGGGUGUGCCCUACACAGAGGAGAACUAUUGGAGUAGCUCAGGCGGAAGAGAUGAUGAAAACCGAAUCCCCUCAGGAACAGAUGGAUGGUUGGAGUUUGUUCCCAUAUCUAAGAAAAAUAACAGCUCAGAGGUCAUGAUGCAGCAGCUUCAAGAGGGAGGCUCUUUGUUGUAUGACAGCAUUCGCCUGGUGCAGAACUCGGUCGCUCUUAACGGAACGCAGAGGGUCGUCUUUGAUGAUGUCAUUUCUGAAGACGAGUGCUCUGAGCUGAGGCAUCUGGCACAUAUUACGUCAAGUGCUGGAGAUGGUUACAAAGGAAAGGUGUCUCCUCACACACCAAACGAAAAAUUUGAAGGGACCACUGUGCUCAAAACUUUGAAGUAUGGUUAUGAAGGCCGUGUUCCUUUAAGAAGCGCCCGUCUCUUCUACGAUGUCAGUGAGAAGGCCAGGAAGAUAAUUGAAUCCUAUUUCAUGCUGAAUUCCACUCUGCAUUUCUCAUACACUCAUCUAGUGUGCAGGACAGCCGUCCCAGAUCAGCAGGAGCAUAGGAAUGACCUUAGCCACCCGAUCCAUGCCGAUAACUGUCUUCUAGACCCCGAAGCCAGAGAAUGCUGGAAAGAACCUCCUGCUUACACAUACAGAGACUACAGUGCCCUUCUUUACCUCAACGGGGAUUUUGAAGGUGGCGAGUUUAUAUUUACUAAAAUGGAUGCCAAAACCAUCACGGCUUCAGUGAAACCGAGGUGCGGGCGGAUGGUGGGUUUCUCCUCGGGGGGCGAGAACCCUCAUGGUGUGCGUGCAGUCACCAGAGGGCAGCGUUGUGCCGUGGCCAUCUGGUUUACUUUAGAUCCCCUCUACAGAGAGCUGGAGAGGCUUCAAGCUGACGAAGUGAUUCAAGUACUCGAGAACCAGCACCAGUGGGAUCACAUUAACCAGAAAGAUGAGUUAUAGUCCAAGAUAGUCCAAGAUGUUACUAUUUAUUUUGUCUUUUGUUUGCAGAACUGUUUUAUUUUUCUACUGUUUAUCGUUAUACGGUUUACUUGUUCCUGAAAUUGUGUAUUUUUUAUCAGGUAUCACAUGUUGGUCAACCUCCAGUGUCACAUGGAUAAUGUAGAGAUACUGUACAGGUUAUUGUUGAAUUGUUGAGUUACAUUAAGAGAAAUAUUGUUAGUGUUAAUAUCAGGAUUUGCUGCACAUGCCUUAGAACAGAUCUUGUUCAAUUUCUUCACUCUGCACCAGUCAUUGGAGCACUGUAUUUUCUUUUACAGAAUAAUAUCAAGAUAUUAAGAUGUGGUUUGUUCCUGUUUCAAGGAAUUUCGUCUAAAAUAGUUUUAUUUCAUGGUCCAUGGUUCUUUUUUACCCUACAGUGUGCACUGUCCUUUAAUUAUUUCCUACAAGUUAUUAUUAGAUUCACUCCUUCACCUUCGGGAUUCUUGAUAAGGAGGCAUGGCCAUCUACUGAUGUUUAUUGUCACACGUAUUUAAAUAUAUUUAAAACUGACACAAUGUUUGUAAUGAUAAUGUUUUUAAAUUAAAGAUUUACACGUG